AUGCAGCCUCUGCCUCUCACCUGGGAAGUACCAAAUAGAGAGCAUGUCCUCCAAGGACUACAUGCUUUUCUUAGCUGGUAUCGCAGCAAUAUUCGUAUCAUGUCCUCCAUCGCCUCCUCUUUCAAUCAAAAAUGUUCCAACAAAUUUCAAGUUGAAGACCUCUCUCUCUCGGAGAUAGUAGUGAGGAUUCAAGAUUAUAAAAAGGAUAUAUCAGAAGGUAAGGAACUAAAUUUGAUUUCAAGAGGUCGCUCCAAUGUGAUUUUUUCCGGCAAUCAUAUUUUACUAAAGGAUCCAGGUGUUCGUUAUAAACCAAGAGAUCGUAAGAAAGACAUCAUCCUUCGUCUUCUUGACAUUAUUCUCAUGUUUUGCAAUGGACAUAAGCGCUACACACUUCGCAGCCUGUAUUAUAUGGAUACGAAGCUCUUCGAACAGCAAGCUGUAUCUGACAGUGCUUUGGAUGACAUUUGUUGCAUCAUUGGUUGCAGCCGCUCGAGUCUCAACGUGUUUGCCUCUGACAGAGGUUAUGUGGGAGGUGUCCUCACUUUUAGGCUAGAUGAUCACCAAUUUGAUUGUCGUAGGAUGGGACCAUAUGGCCAACCAAUCCCUCCUUUUAUUGAUGAUCAACUUAAUGAUGUACAGACUCAUGGUGCACUGUUCAUAUUAUAUGUGGAGAAGCAUAGUAAGGAAAAGCUCCAUAAUGAUUAUUAG